AUGUCAUAAAAAUCAAUAAAAUUAAUACUUUUAGGUGAAGCGUUUUCAGGAAAAACAUCGAUAUGUUAAUUUUAUAAAAAUGGAUAAUCGAAUAAUUUAGAAACUCCUACAAUAGGAGUUUGUUACAGUUAAUUUUAAGUAAAUAUUAAAAACAAUUAUAAUAUUACAUUGGAUGUAUGGGAUACAUCUGGUUCAGAAAAAUAUUAAUCACUAGUUAAAAUUUAUUAUCAAUAUACAAAUAUUGUUUUUUUAAUUUUUGAUGUUGGAAACGAAUAAAGUUAUUAAAAAGUCAGUUUUUGGAUGAAUGAAUUAGAAGAAUUAGUUGAUAAAAAUAAAAUUUUAUUAGUACUUAUAGGAAAUAAAUGUGAUAUUUAAGAAAAUUAGAGGUAAAUUUCUUAAAUGUAAGCUAAGAACUUUGCUUAAGAAAAUGAUAUGCUUUAUUUUGAAACUAGCUGUAUUACUGGAUAGGGUAUAGUUGAAGCUUUUACUAGUUCUGUAUAAUAAUAUGUUAUUAGAUAUAAGACUUGA